GUUUUCCUUCUGUUCCUGAAUCUUGAAGUCGUACUUUAACAGCAAACGCGAGCACUGGCUUCUGCGAUUGAAGGUGAUCGCUACUUGUGUAGCUGCUGGAAUGUGAGCUUCUAGUAGCUGAGAGCUAAAUCAGCUGUAUUCAUAUUUCGUUGCGGCAAUCGGUCUACAGAUCCAGCUUCUGUAAAUCUUCCGUAAAGAAAGAAUCCUUGUGCACGAAAAGAAACUUUCUCACAGCAGCCAAGAGAACCACCGCAGCUGCCUUUUGAAAGUACCAGCAUCACUUGCCGAAGAUUGUUCUGACACAAUGGACCACCUCAGACAGUACAACAAUGACGCCGCCGUCCUGAACCACAACGUGCAUAUGGCGACUCAUCCAGGGGAUGCGGCCCGGUACAAGAUGCGGAGCAAGAACCCUCUCAACAGGUGGAGGUGGCAGUUCAACAACAGGAAACACGCAAUGCAGCACCCCGUUCAACAUCAGCAAAACAAGGCCAAAUGGAGAAUGAACCGCAUGAACCCGUUGUACUACAUGAAGAGCAUCAAGCGGAAUCUGGUCAGCGCAUUCACUUGUGGCAGGCACGCAUAGUUGGGGAAGUGGCUGGGAAGAAAUGUUGUACACAUGUAUCUGAGACGGCUUUAGUCUCUGAGAUUAACACUUUAAUAGCGCCCUCUGAGCGCUGUUUGAUGGGCUUGAAUCUAGCAAGGAGAACUCGAAACCGUUCACGCUAGCUGCACGAGAAUGGAGAAUGUUGGGUCUGGGGCAAACUGACUGAAAGCCGAGGUACUAGAGGCAGAUCGUGGGUGUUCAGAUGGUGGGUUACUGAGCUUUGUUUAUGUGAAAGUAAGUGGCAGAAAUAGUCGGAAGACUAGAUGCCAUGUACGGUUCAGAAGUGUUCUGGACAGUGUGGAUCAAAGAUUGGAUUAUAUUUCAAGAUACAUAGGAUUGGAACUGAAGAUACGAACCAUUCUGACAAACUCAAUAUAUGCACGCGCUUGCUGUUUAUAAUUAUACGUUACCCAAGCGACACGACUGAAGAAUUACACCGCCAUGAUGCAC